GUUCGCUCAAUACCACCUCGCAUCUUAACACCUAUACUAUUCUGCAUGAGUGAAGGAAUACUGAGUUACCUCUACUGUCUCGAAAAGCUGCGAUUGAAAGGGAAUGCAGAGAGUACGCUAUACACUGAAAACCGCUGGAAGUUUGUUGGUUCGGUCACAGUGAAAGGAUACGUAGAUAUCAUUUUAUUGUAUUAACUUUUUUGUGGGAUUUUAUCAAGUUCUUCGCUGAAAACCAUGGGAAUUUAUUCAGACUCGUGGAGAUGGUUUUACAUGUAAAGUCUGAAUACAUCUUUGAAGAAGUGUCCAUGAGGAACUUGUCGAAAGAAAAUGUGUGUAUGUAACAUAUCUGGGUACUCUCCCUAACAAGCAUGUAGUCCACGGCGAUGAUGUUGUUUGGGGUAUCGACUAGGCUACAUCAUUUGGGAAAUCGUAAUACUGAUUACGCUUCGCUGCGCGGAUGGAAAGGUUGCUGCGCAUUUAGCUGGAUACGGUAAACUAGUAACAGUUCUACAUAGGAUGGAUGUCAAAUUGCUAACUGCCCAGUUUCCUGACCUACAAUGUCACUCACUUAUAAAGCCUGCACGACAAGCAUUCUGUUUGAAUAGUUUGCUGUCCACUUACAAAUAACUUUCCUCGACCUUGCUUUAAAAACUUUGGAAACAAAAACUGAUAAUCACAGCAGUUUUUUCGAGGAUGGGGGAUGCGGCUCUUCCUCAGCCUGCGGCAGGACGAUUUGUACCCAUGUUAGGCGUUGGCAUAGUCGGCUCUGUGACUGGCAUGGUUGCCGAGCCGGUUUCUGGGACCAGGGGCUCUUCCGUGCCUCCACUGCAUAACGCCAUAGUGGAACGUUUGCGAGCUAGAAUUGAAUUGUGUAGAAGGCAUCACUCAAGUUGCGAGAGCCGAUACCAGCGUGGCCAAGCGGAGAACACGGAUCGUGAACACGAGAAUACGCUUCAUCUUCUAAAUAUUGUAAACCAGGGGCCAGGGCACAGGAAAACCAAGGCAAACAAAGCCAGCUCUCGCCAACCUUCAGAAUAUAACAGCAAGGUGAACGGCGAGCAGAAGCCCCUACAUGCGGUGGGAAAUGAACCGAAGAAUUCUACGCGAAUAGCGCUUCAAGGGUCUCUGAGGAGGAAAAUCGAGGGGCAGCCGCUGGGAUACAGCGUGAAGCAGAAUGGGCUCUCGGGCGGGGCUUUUGGCCCGGACUUCAAGCGUGUCUGCUUGGAAGGUGGGGCUAUGGGACACUCAGGCUGCACGUUCAGCAAUGGGCAGUACCACUCCCGGCCAGAGGAGGUGGCAAUAAGCCACGGUCUGCAGAGGAAGGACAGGAACGUGAUGACCCCGCCCUUGGGCGGCGACCUCUUCAGCCUGACCCUGAAGGAGAUGAAGAAGGAGCCCGGAGAGACUCGCUCGUGUGGCCGGUCGUCAACCGCAGACCCCUCCACCAUGGUUUUUGACUUCAAGGAGGAGGAGAUGGACCCCGAUCUGCAAGACCUGUUUGACGAGCUCAGCAAGUCUGUGCCAUCCUUCGACGACCUAGAGCUGGAGAAAAUCCUGAAACAGGACGACAACGAAGAUGCUUUCAGCCUGGACCUGGGGCGACCCAGCUCAGUGGGGGCGGGCAGGCCAUGCACCCAGCAGGAGAGGACGAUAAAAACUGAGUACUCCCCAGGGUUUUGCCACACUCACAGCCACGGGCACGCCUCAGUCGGGUCACCCCAGCUUCGCCCAGCUUCGGCGGGCCCCUCACUCUCAUCUGCGGUCGCCCACAACCCCGGUCAGGGGUCAGAGGAGUCGCAGUGUUCGUUGACGGGCGGGACGGAGGGCUCCCGCACAGAGCAGCUGGACAAUCAGCAGCAUCAGCAGCCUGGCUCCAACCUGCUGGCCCACCGCCAGCACCAACAGCAAAACCAGGCCAGGGCAGCGCCCAACUGGUCGCCUAACGUCGCUCCCCACUCCUCCAUGGGGACUUUUGGACAGGAGAAGACUGGCAGUCAGCUGAGGCUUAGCCCCCAGCGCAAGGGUAUGAGCAACUGCCUGUUCAAACUUAAUGGCAGCGGGAAUGCCGGUCCCUCCUCAGAAGUGAAGGUCCUUGGCAGCAAGCCACUCUCGCACUUCGGCCACAAACCCCACAGUCAGCAGACUUCCCUUAUGGGGAUGCCCCAAAGCAAACACCCCCUGCGCUACCAGAACCAGGAACAGCAACAUCCGCAGACUGCUCCCAGCCCAAACCCACUCCAGCCCCAGCACCCACAACGGUUCCACAACCCCAGCUUGCCUGCCUGCCAGCAGUCCAAGCCCCUGUUGCCCCCAAAAAUGCCCCUCAGCCAGCAUGGGUCAGGGCUGCAUUUCAAAGUGGCACAGCAAAGACAGGCCUUGCCUACUGGGAUUCUCCUUCCGAUGGGUAUGAGCUUUGGGAGCGGCUUGGCCGAGGCACAGCAGUCCACUGCAACUGCCAGCAACCAGCCAAAAGUCCUCGGCAAGAACCAGGCAAUGCAGAGACAACUGGCAUUGCAACAGCAGAUCGUCACAGACUCGGACAAAAUAAACCCACAAGAUCAGCUCAGCCGUCAUUUAACCAGACCCCCGCCAGAUUAUAAACAGCCAAGAAGAAAUAUGGUGGGAGUGCAGCAAGCUAAUCUUUACAAAGGAGGAGGGCUGCCUCUCAGCAUGAACUCAUCCCAGGCACUUACGGGUACCGUGUCCAGCCAGAGUGUCAUCCAGGCCAGCUCCUGCCUCGUUUCCACCAGCCAGGGCACCAAGAUGGCCGCCACGCCCAAUGACAGACGAUUUGGGAGCAGGCCAGAUCCUUCACAGGGAAGGUACAGCAUCCAGACUAUGAGCCAACUCCAACAACUUGGUAACCAGAACCCAGUAGGUCCAAGCCAGAAGAGCCUAGGGUUUCCAGGACCCGGGAAGGUGGGUGGGGCUUUUGGGUCAGGCCCUGGGUCAAACGGCCAACAUAUAAGGCCUCCAGGGGGGCAAGGGGCUCCAGGAAUGCCUCGGCAGAGACUGAUGAGCAUGCUCACAGGUGGCAAUAAUGUGGGGGCACCCCUAAACUGGGGACAAGGCUCCAAGCAGAGCCCUCUGGGCCUGAGGAGGUUCCCUGGUCCCCUCGUGCCCCCACCACACCCAGGAGCUCACAACAUGCGUGGACCUCACUUCCUCCCAAGGUGCAUGGUCCCAACCAGUCAGAUGACAGCAGACACGCCCAUGCUUCCUCUAAACCAGGUCAUGAGUGGACAUGGGGUGGGGCCCAGGAUGCCCCCUCUUCCCGCAGCGGCAAACCUGAGUUCGCACUCACAGGCGGCAUCCCCCAUGGGUACAUUUGGGAACCCCUCUGCCCAGAAUGGCCGCGGUUACCACAGCAACCAGAGCGGUGACCUGACCUUCGACUUCCUCCAAGACGGAGACAAUACAGUCCCCGGGAUCAACUCAGACUCUGACUUCAUUGAUUCUCUGCUGAAGUCAGGACCCGGGAACGAUGACUGGAUGAAGGACAUAAACCUGGAUGAAAUUCUGGGGAGUCACUCAUAGAAGGACUGGAAUGUAGUAUAGUUCCACUGUCCGAGCAACAGAUUUCUGCAGAUUAUAAAGUGACUCCUAUCAGACCAUCAGUUACACUUUAAGAAUAGUUUUGUUAUAAAUAUAGCUAAUGUUAUAAACGUCACUUGAGAUGAUGUAUGGCUAAAUAUGGUUGCUGGCUGCACAAUGAAAAUAUUUGCUUUUUAUAUUCUUACCUUUUGAUAAAAGUUUUCAAUUGUAAUUUUUUUUUAAAUAAUUUAAUAUCUAUCACAAAAGCGUGCUGCUGAAACCAACAAUUUAGAUAAAAAUGCGCAGUUGUGCAGAUACACACUGUAUAAAUUUACCCCAUCCUUUCUCCCUUGCAUUCUUUUGAUGAAUCAGGCUCUUUCAAUUCCUAACCUGGUUAAAACAUUUGAUGCCUGUAUGCAUUGUGAAUUCUGAGAUGGUCAUGCUUUUAAGCUCUCAGAAUUGUGAAUGUUAUGUGUAUUUACUGUAUGUAUUAUCACUAUAUCCCAAUCCUACCCAUUGAUUUGAAUGCUUGGAUACCUUGUCAUUCAGACCCUUGAAAAAUGUACUACUGUGCAUUCAUAACAUUCAUUUUACAGUACCACUUGCAAAAAUUCUCUGUACUGUGUAUAUGAAUUUAAAUGUCAGUCAUGGGUUGUAUUUUAAACGUUACUUUUCAUAACUGAUAGAAGCAUUACUGGAUGAAUCCAACUGGAUAAUUUGCAAUGACCUUUCAAAAAAUGCAUGAGACUGCUAGCCUACCAACAUUUUCUUACUGCUAAAAGGUAUGUAAUUUGACACCUCAAUCAGAAAAUACAUGCAUUACAUAUAAUUUAUUUGCCUUGUUUUGGAGAUUUUGUUCUGUCUGUAUUUGACCAAAAAGUUCUUCCUCCGUGAGCUUUUGUGCAAAAGUAACCAGACAUUUCCCUGAUGUCUUCGUCAUAUCCAAUGUUUUAGAUGCUUCUGUGCCCUCUUCUAUGAAAUGUACAGAUUGUACUGCAUUUUGUACAAAAAUGUAAAGAUAUGUUUUGAUAGGUCAUAUAUCCUUCAGAAGAUUAUAUUUAUACUUCUGUGAAUCAAGUUAAGUACAUGUAAUAUUUUGUAUGAAAUUGUUACAUUUUAAAGCCUUUGUUUGUGUUAAUGUUGUGUAUAAAUGGUGCAGCCAUUUAGCUUCUGAAUACUAA